CAGGAACUGAAAUACCUGAAGUAUCAAUGAGACUGAUAAAUGGCAGGACCAGGUGUGAAGGUCGUGUUGAAGUCUAUUACCAAGGAAGCUGGGGAACAGUCUGUGAUGAUUCCUGGGACAUAAAUGAUGCACAGGUUGUGUGCCAACAGCUGGGAUGUGGAAAAGCUCUCUCUGCCCUGGGAAACGCACAUUUCUCUCCAGGAUCAGGGAGCAUUUUCCUGGAUGAUGUGCAGUGCCUUGGAAAUGAAUCCUACCUGUGGGAAUGCUCUCACAGUGGAUGGUCAGUACAUAACUGUGGGCACAGAGAAGAUGCCAGUGUGCUUUGCUCAGGUACGUUUGGAGUGGUGCGGCUGAAGAAUGGAGGCAAUAGAUGUGAGGGACGUGUUGAAAUUUAUUACAAAGGACACUGGGGAACGGUCUGUGAUGAUCUCUGGGAUAUCAGCGAUGCUCAGGUCAUUUGCAGACAGCUUGGGUGUGGGCAGCCCACCUCAGCACCAGGCGCGGCCCAUUUUGGGGAAGGCUCUGGAGUCAUUUUCCUAGAUGAUGUGCAGUGCAGAGGGAAUGAGACUUACGUAUGGCAAUGCUCCCACAGCGGAUGGUCAAGACAUAAUUGUGGCCACAAUGAAGAUGCCAGUGUUAUCUGUUCAGGUACUUUCUGCUCUAUGUCAGUGAGACUGGUGAAUGGAAGGAAUAACUGUGAGGGCUGUGAUGAAAUCUAUUACCAAGGAAACUGGGGAACAGCCUACGAUGACUCCUCGGGCAUAAAUGAUGCACAAGUUGUGUGCAGCCAGCGUGGGUGUGGAUGUGCCACUUCAUCGCCAGGGAAUGCCUCUUUUGGGAAAAGCUCUGGGAAUAUUCUCUUGGAUGAUGUCCAGUGUGAAGGGCAGGAACGCAGUCUCCAGCAGUGUUUUCACAGAGACUGCAGCACACGUAAAUGCAUCCGCCAUGAAGAUGCCAGUGUUGUUUGCACAGGUAUCUUCAAUCAGCCACAACUGCGACUGGUAUAUGGAGGGGACAGAUGUGCCGGAAGAGUUGAAGUUUACUAUAGAGGAGAAUGGGGGACAAUUUGUGAUGAUUCUUUUGAUAUGAACAAUGCCAAUGUUGCAUGCAGACAACUAGAGUGUGGCCACGCUGUUUCUGUCCUGGGAUGGUCUUACUUUGGCCCUGGUGAAGGAAACAUCCUCCUGGAUGAUGUGCAGUGUACAGGAAAUGAAUCUUACCUGUGGGACUGUCAGCAUGCCCCCUGGCACAAACACAACUGUAGGCACAAUGAAGAUGUCAGCGUCAUCUGUUCAGACAUGUCCCUGCGCCUGGCGGACGGCCGCGACGCCUGCUCGGGGCGCCUCGAGCUCUUCCACAACGGCAGCUGGGGCACCGUCUGCGACGACGACUGGGACCUCAGGGACGCCGAGGUGGUGUGCAGGCAGCUGGGCUGCGGGGACGCCAUCUCGGCCCACACCAACGCCUUCUUUGGGGAAGCCAAAUCCUAG